UAUAGCAACAGCUGUAAUUAAUAUUCGUAUUUCUUUAAAAAACGGUUUUGGAGUUGUAAAUCCAUGUCAAGUCUUCAAAUAUUGAAGCAUUAUUCGUAAAUGUUGAUUACAUUUCUAUACCUCAAUUACAGUACCCCUUAACAUAAAUUAUUAAGAUUUAAAAUUAAAUUAUGUUGAAAUCAUUUCUUUUUAUAUAUUUAGUUCUCGGUUCACAACGAUGUGCCUCUCAAAUGGGACCAGACCCUUGGGAUGAAAAAGAUAAUCAGAUAAAUACAAAUGAAGAUGAUCUUCCCCCAGAUCUAAAAUUACCCAAAAAGAUCAUAAAAAACAAAGCACAAUCUAAUCAAGGAAUGAGUGAUUGGUUUUACAAACGUUUGUUGACAAUUAUUCUAAAAGGCGGACAAAAGAAGGAAAAUGAUGAUAGUACAAUUGACAUAUCUUUACAAAUGAAAUAUAGCCAAGAACAAUUAAAUGUUCUUGAUGAAUACAUAACUUCAGGUAAUGCUAUUUCAGAAGAAAUGUUCCGGAGAUCAAUUGCAUAUGUAGAGGAAUCUAUAUACAAGCCUUCAAUUACAGAAAAAAUUGCAAUGGCUUGGAGUGAAUACAUUUUCAUAUAUUUUGUAGAGUAUAAGGAAUAUCUUACAUGGGGAUUUAGUAUCCUUGCAUGUGUAGCUGGUACAUUUUGGUUGUGGCAAUACAUUUCCUACAAAAACAUAUUGAUAUCUAUAGCUAUAGUGUUAUAUCUGUAUGAAGCUUUCAUUUCCUAUAAAGAAGCAGAAAAAGAGGAAGUAACAAGAUUUUUGUCAGCUAUAAAUGCAUGCAAGUGGUACUUUUGGACAUCAAACUGCGAAGUUACACCACCAGACCCACUUGUAAUAUUAAAACAUAUGAAUCCUUUGAAAAUAGGCAUAAGAAUGUUUACAAUCAUUAUAACUGAGCCUAUGAUUACCAUUAGUGCUACUGUGAACACUAUGAUUAAUGGGAUCACAGCUGAUCUAUGGUACCCAUUGGACAAGAUUCUACAAGUAACUCUGCUUGUAGUUUUCAAUGGACUACUCAUAACUUUGCUAGUUUGCAUUAUUUUCAACUUCAUACUCAAUAUACCAUUACAAUUGAACUUCUUUUACAUAAUGAGUAUUGUGUUACCCAAGCACAAUAGGAAUAUAGGCACUGUAAAUGAAACACCUGUUGAAAAACCUCCAGAAGGUGAUAGAAUUAGCGGUGAAACAUUGAAUAGGUUUUUAGAUUUGUGUAACAAAGCCUUAAACACCACACAAGCAAAUGGCAGACAUAGUAAUGAUUUAUCUAUAACUAACUCAGGGUAUAGCUCUAUUCGGAGAUCAGCCAGUACUGGCAGACUGCAAAUCUUACCUUCAAAUGUUAAUAAUAACAACAAUGCUAAAAAUAACAAAAACCCCUCUAAAAACGCAAGACAUAAUGGAAGUGGUGACGCAUGAAACACAUCAUUGUCGAAACGGGAUGGUACAAAAAUCUGCCAACUCAUAUCUGAGUCUUAUCCUUUAUGUAUUAACUUGUGUAAUUUUUAUGUAAUUUUUAAUGUGUGUCAUUUUUUCACAUAAUAUUUAUUCAUUAUGUAAUUAUUUUUUUGUUGAACUGUCAUAAUUUUCAUUAAAUAUAUAAAUAGAUAACCUAAAACACAAAUAUUUUAUAUUUUAAUAUGUAACAAAUUAGUCAUAGUGCCCAACUCGAAAUUGUCUAGGUGUAAAUGUAAUAUAAUGUUGUUUUAAAAAUGUACUUAACUGUGAUAUUAUGCGCUUCAAUAAUUUUUAAUCAUGUUUUCGUUUUAUGGGCUAAAUAAAUAAACAACUAAAUAUUUCAUAUUUUAUUUCGUGAUGCCUUAUUGAGAAAGUGUUACAAGAUAAAUUAAAAAAUAUAAUAAUUCAAUUGAAAUAUUCGUUUCGGAUACAAUAAGCAGAAUUUUUUAUAAAAGAUACAACUGUAUCUAGGGACGAAGCAAAUUCUAAUCUUAAAUUCUAUGCUAUUGGUCAACAAACAUUCGCAACCUCAUAAUAAAUAACAUUUUAACAAAAUAUUUACAUCACUUCAAAUGCUUAGAUUCCCUUACUCUCGCACGUUGCCAAGCUUACAGACACUCCUUCCCUGAGGUGCCUACUUCCACCUACUCUAUGUCUAGGAUCUACCGCAGUAUCUUCUACGCUUUGCAAUUUAUGGAUCAAGCUAAAUAUACAAAUGUGAAUAAAUUAAUUAUUGU